GAACCUUUUCAUCUCUCUCUCUCUCUCUCUCUCUCUCUCUCUCUCUCUCUAGAAGCAGAAACAGUAGUGGGCUGAGGUGUUGAUCUGUGCUGAUAACUGUUUCGUUUUGCAGCCAAAAAAAUGGGGAAAGCUCCUCUGUUCCUGUUUGGGGUUCUAUAUUUAUUCUGUAUAGCUGAUGCUGAUUAUACGAUUUACAAAGAUCCAAAACAGCCAUUAAACAAGAGAAUUAAGGAUUUAAUGGGCAAGAUGACAUUGGAGGAGAAGAUAGGCCAAAUGACUCAAAUUGAACGAUCCGUAGCGUCGGCUGAAGUGGUGAAGAAGUAUUUCAUAGGCAGUGUGUUGAGUGGUGGAGGCAGUGUACCGGCCCCACAGGCAUCUCCCGAGAAGUGGAUCGAUAUGGUGAACGAUUUCCAAAAGGGCUCUUUAUCGACUCGUCUUGGUAUACCUACGAUAUAUGGGAUUGAUGCAGUUCAUGGAAAUAAUAAUGUCUAUAAGGCUACAAUUUUUCCUCAUAACAUUGGUUUAGGAGCUACUAGAGACCCUCAAUUGGUCAAGAAAAUAGGAGCUGCAACUGCUCUUGAAGUCAGAGCUACAGGAAUUAAUUAUGCCUUUGCACCGUGCAUUGCGGUAUGUAGAGAUCCAAGAUGGGGAAGGUGCUACGAAAGCUACAGUGAAGAUCCAAUGGUAGUUCGAUCAAUGACGGAGAUUAUCUCUGGAUUACAAGGAGAUGUACCUGCUAAUUCUCGAAAGGGUGUUCCCUAUCUUGGCGGGCAGCACAAGGUUAUUGUUAGUGCCAAACACUAUGUUGGUGAUGGCGGAACAACACAUGGAAUAAACGAGAAUAACACAGUAGCAAGCAUGCAUGAAUUGCUUAGCAUUCAUAUGCCGGCUUAUUAUGAUUCGAUCAUCAAGGGUGUAUCAACAAUCAUGAUCUCGUACUCGAGCUUUAACGGGAAAAAGAUGCAUGCUAAUCGUGAUCUCAUCACUGGUUUUCUCAAAAAAACACAGCGUUUCAGAGGUUUUGUCAUCUCGGAUUGGCAGGGAAUCGACAGAAUCACUUCUCCACCUCACGCGAAUUAUACAUACUCAAUUUUAGCUGCAGUUAAUGCUGGAAUUGACAUGGUUAUGGUCCCGUACAAUUAUACAGAAUUCAUCGACGGUCUGACCUUCUUAGUGAAAAAUAAUUUUGUUCCCAUGACCCGAAUCAACGAUGCUGUGAGGAGGAUUUUAAGAGUUAAAUUCACAAUGGGUGUAUUUGAAAACCCCUUAGCUGAUUACAGCAUGGCCAAGUACCUCGGUACUCAAGAACACAGAGAGCUUGCAAGGGAAGCAGUAAGGAAAUCACUUGUGCUGCUAAAAAACGGAAAAUCUGCAGACAAGCCAUUGUUACCACUCUCUAAAACAGCACCGAAGAUUCUAGUUGCCGGGACCCACGCCGAUGACAUUGGCAACCAAUGUGGCGGCUGGACAAUCGAAUGGCAAGGAAAGAGCGGGAAUACUACGGCUGGCACCACAAUCUUGACCGCCGUAAGAAACACAGUUGACCCGAAAACAGAGGUGGUCUUUAGCCAGAAUCCAGAUUCCGGAUAUGUAAAGCAGAACAACUUCUCGUACGCGAUAGUUGUUGUCGGAGAACUGCCUUAUUCGGAGACAAUGGGAGACAGCCUUAACCUGACACUAGCUGAGCCGGCACCCACUAUUAUUAAAAACGUUUGUGGCUCGGUGAAAUGCGUUGUUGUUCUAGUUACGGGUCGUCCAGUUGUCAUUCAGCCAUUGGUUGAUCAGAUUGAUGCACUUGUUGCUGCUUGGCUACCUGGUUCUGAAGGGCAAGGUGUUGCUGAUGUUCUGUUUGGUGAUUAUGGGUUCACAUUGUGCUACUGUACAGCCAUAGCAAAUGCAGAAGAAUACAUGAAAUACAAAGAUCCAAAACAGCCGAUAAAUAAGAGAAUCAGAGACCUUAUGAAAAGGAUGACCUUAGAGGAGAAAAUCGGCCAAAUGACCCAAAUCGAACGCACCGUUGCUGCCGAUCACGUCCUCCAGAAAUACUCCAUUGGCAGUAUAUUGAGUGGUGGAGGGAGUGUUCCUGCUGUACACGCAUCGGCCGAAACAUGGAUUGAUAUGGUGAAUCAUUUCCAAAAGAAUGCAUUGAUGCAGCGACUCGGUAUACCGAUGAUUUACGGAAUCGAUGCAGUUCAUGGUAACAAUAAUGUUUAUAAGGCUACAAUUUUCCCCCACAAUGUUGGCCUUGGUGCUACAAGAGAUCCUGAACUGGUGAAGAGAAUCGGAGCUGCAACUGCACUCGAAGUCAGGGCUACCGGCAUUCAGUAUGCUUUUGCACCUGUCAUUGCGGUAUGCAGAGAUCCAAGAUGGGGAAGGUGUUACGAAAGCUAUAGCGAAGAUCCAAAGAUAGUUCGAUCGAUGACCGAGAUUAUUCCUGGAUUACAAGGCGAUGUACCUGCUGGUUUUCCGAAGGGUGUUCCGUAUGUUGGAGGCCCAGAUAAGGUGAUGGCAUGUGCUAAACAUUACGUUGGUGAUGGUGGAACGGUGAAAGGCAUAAACGAGAACAACACAGUCGCCACCUGGCAUGAAUUGCUCGGUAUUCAUAUGCCAGCCUAUUAUGAUUCGGUCAUCAAGGGUGUAUCAACGGUCAUGGCUUCUUACUCGAGCUGGAACGGAGUUAAAAUGCACGCUAAUCGCGAUUUAAUCACUGGAUUUCUCAAGAAAGCACAGGGCUUCAGAGGAUUCGUGAUCACGGAUUGGCAGGCGAUUGACAAAAUGACCACCCCGCCUCAUGCAAACUACACAUACUCGAUUGAAGCUUCGAUUAAUGCUGGAAUUGAUGUGGUGAUGGUUCCUUACAACUACACAGAGUUCAUUGAUGGACUAACAUACUUGGUGAAUAAUAACUUCGUUUCGAUGAGCCGAAUUGACGAUGCUGUCAAGAGGAUUCUGAGAGUUAAAUUCACAAUGGGUCUAUUUGAAAAUCCAAUGGCUGAUUACAGCAUGGCCAAGCACUUAGGCAGUCAGGAAAACAGAGAAGUGGCAAGAGAAGCUGUAAGAAAAUCACUCGUGCUUCUUAAAAAUGGUAAAGCUGGUGACAAGCCAUUGCUCCCACUUCCCAAGAAAGCAUCGAAGAUUCUCGUCGCUGGGACCCACGCCGACGACAUCGGCAACCAGUGUGGCGGUUGGACGAUCGAAUGGCACGGAAAGAGCGGCAACACAACAGCUGGCACCACCAUCUUGUCUGCCGUGAGGAACACAGUCGACCCGGAAACUGAAGUCUCGUUCAGGCAGGAGCCGGAUGCGGAGUUCGUGAAGUCCGGCAAGUUCGAGUACGCGGUCGUUGUGGUGGGUGAGGUGCCUUACUCGGAAACGUACGGGGACAACCUUAACCUGACCCUACCCGACCCGGGUUACAGUAUCAUCAAGAACGUGUGCUCGUCGGUGAAAUGCGUGGUGGUUCUUGUAACGGGCCGACCCGUCGUGAUCGAACCGUAUCUUGCGGGUAUGGAUGCGGUCGUCGCGGCUUGGUUGCCUGGAUCAGAAGGGCAGGGUGUUGCCGAUGUGCUGUUUGGUGACUAUGGAUUUACGGGGAAACUUCCUAUUACGUGGUUCAAGAAUGUCGAUCAACUGCCGAUGAACUUUGGCGACCCGCAUUAUGACCCGUUGUUUCCGUUCGGGUACGGGCUUACCACGGAACCCGUUAAGGCUUAAUUAAUGUGAAUAGGUAGAAAUUAAAUCUGAUUAUGAGAUGUCUGAUCUCUUUGUUUAUAUGGUUGUGUAAUCUUUGUGUACAUAUGCAUUAAGGCUGCAUAUUCUCUUUUGUUUAUAAAAUGGAUUAAUGGAGUUGUAUAUAGUUAUGCCCUA